CCUAGCAACAACGCCAUCUUGGUUUUUAUUGUUUACGUCGCCAAUGAUGGGGACGGCUCCUUGAUUUUGGUAGAUUUUGACGGGAUUUUAGUCCGAACAAGAAAACUCUAGAGGUUCCAAAAUGACGGAGAUAUUGUGUAGAUGGUUGAACGACGAGGUGAAGCUGUCAAAGCCUGUCGAUAACAAGACUUUUGCCAAGGAUUUUUCCAAUGGCUUCCUCAUUGGAGAGCUGCUGGCCAGAUACCAGCUGCAGAAUGACUUUGACAAGUUCUCACAAAACAGGACAGCUGAGUCUAAACUCAACAACUUCACGCGGCUGGAGCCGACACUGCGGCUGCUGGAGGUGGAUUUCGACACAAACAUCGCUCACUCCAUCAUGACUGAGCAGUAUGGUGUCGCCACAAGGCUGCUUUACCAGCUGUUCAUCGGCCUGGGAAGGAAGCAGAAAGCCAACCUGACUGGGGUUGCCAUGGAAACCAUGAGGCCUGCCGCACCCGUCAAGCUGGAGGGGAUAGAGAGUGAAAUAUACAAGGAGAGAUUGAAGAUCCUGACUCCCCGUCAGACGGACCAGAACCUGGGAAAGCUUCAGGCCAAGUUUGACGACAAGUGGACGAAGCACGAGCAGACCAUGUUCCGGGAGAAGAUGGAGGAGGAGGAGAGGUAUCGCCGCCUGCAGUCGGAGGAGAGUCAGAAAGCCGUGGAGAAGGCCAGGAUGGCGCGGCAGAAACAGACAGAGCUCCUGGCCAAGCUCAGGGCUGCCACAGUGGAGAUUCCCAAACCUCCCCCCAGUAAGACUCUGAGGGCCAUCAAGCAGAGGAAAGAUGCAAGGAGGAUGAAGGAAGCAGAGGACACCAGGGUAAUGAUCAAGGAUUUUGAGAACAAGCUGAAGUCUCAGCAGAUUGCUACGUCUGGGAUGGACGACGGCAGCAGUGACCUGGCCUUCAGUGUCACUACCGAGGAUUUGGAGUACAAACCACCCCCUGUGGACCUCAUUCAGCCUGGCGCAAAUGAUGAUUAUAUUGGGAAAAUCAAGCGCCGUCUGGAGGAAGACUCUAAGGCACGAGAGGAGCGAGAGAAAAGGCGCAGGAAAGUCUUGGUAGACCAGUUGAAGGCACACGACGCACAGGAGGAAGCCCACCGUGAGGAGAUGCUGGUGAACCGACUGAUGCGUCAGUCUCAGCAGGAGAGAAGGAUCGCUGUCCAGCUGCUGCAGGCCAGGCACGAAAAGGACAUCAUUCGCAAGAACAGAAUAUUCCUUGAGAAGCAGUACGAUGCAAGGAGAGUGAAAGACUUUGAAGAUGCCCUCAACAAGGAGAAGGAACUUGCCCAGCUGGCAAAGUUAGAGUACAUUGAGCAGACCAAGGCAGAACAGGAGCUCCAUGACAGGAUUGCGGCGGAGCGCGCCGAACAGCGAUACCGCCGGCACUACGACAUGUGUAUGGAGGUCACCCUGCAGAUUGUGGACUAUGCCACCAAGUUUGGGGAGUACAGGGAGCUAACAGAAAAGCUUGUGCCACCGAAGCUAUUCCGGGAGUGGACCCAGCUGUUUAUAGAGGGGCAUCCACUCUAUGAGGAAAAGUCCGUCAUAGAGGAUGUUCCGGACACAGCAGAAGGCAGUGAGCCCACCCCGGAGCAGAUUAUUGAAAUGGAGAAGCAGAAACUUCUGAAUGAUGGAGACUUCAAGGAGUACAAGGAUAUGAUUGGGGAGUGGGAACCGCCCGAGGGUUCUGAGAUCAACAACGAAAAGAACAACAACGUGGUUGGACACAUUGUGCAGAGGAUCUUCAACAUUGUUUCUCCUCCAAAGCCCCCUCCCCCUCCCCCAGAGUUCCCACCCUUCCCUGUGCGAGCGUGUGCCGUGGGAAAACUAUUCGGCGGAAAGUCUUCUGCUCUCAGGAUUCUUGCAGAAAGUCACCGUUUGGCUGUCCUGUCUCCAGACCAGCUGGUGAAUGAGGCAGUGGAGGCCUUUAAGAAUGGAGAGGUACUUGAGGAGGUCACUCCUUCAAUGUCAGAUGAGGUUUUUGAAGAAGUGCAGGCAGCAACAGAAAUCACACCAGCCACCCAACUGUCUGACAAGCCUGAGGGAGAGGCCCCCACACAGGAGUCAUCAGUACCAGGAAUAACACCUCAGCCCAGUGUAACAACAGUCGUAGAACCAGCCACACCAGAGGCCACAGAGAAGGCAGCAUCUGCCAGGCAAGAUGGAGAAGACCAGGACAAGUCAGACGGCGCCCAGCCUCCCUUGUCUGGCAGUGCCACUCCCCUGGGGGAGUCUGGUGGUCUCAGUCCCAGGAGCAGCGUCAGGAAGUCCAGUGCAAGGAAGAGCGACACUUCCCAUCCCGAGCCCACCAACAGAGCCAAGCUUGGUUCCAAGGCUAUCAAGUCUCUGAGGAAGGGCAAGUCUGUGGACGACCAGGUUCUGGUGGACAUUGUCAUUGACGCAAUCAGACGGCUGCCAGAAGGAACAGGCUGGGUGCUGGAUGGUUUCCCUCUGACCCUGCAGCAGGCUAAACUGUUGGAAAAGGCUCUGACUGGGUCUGAACCGGCUGCUUCAGGUAGCAAAGUGUCAGCCACUAACCGGAAGAUCUCCAAGAAGUCUUCACUUGCACUGGACCCCAACCCCGGCAAGGAGCCCCCCACCCCUCCACCUGGCAUUGAUGUGGUCAUCCUGUUUGACAUCCCUGAUGAUGUGGCGUUAAAGAGGGCUGCAGGCAGAUCAUAUGCCCCCCAGGCAGAUCAGCAGUACCAGCAGGAGUUUAACCCCCCUCCCGAGGGGAGCCAGACAGGGCUGGGGAAGACAGAGAAGGUGAUCCCAGUAGAGGACGCUGCACACGACCAGGAACAGGUGCAGCACAGGAUCACAGGUUUCCACGAUGCCUGGUCCAAACUGGAGAAGCUGUUUACUAAGAUGGGCAUCUUGUCUCGAGUGGAUGCAGACAUGGACCAGGCAGAGGUGGUGAACGAAGUGGAAAGGGUUCUGCAACACACACUGGACAAGCUCCAGAACAAGGACAAACCGCCUGAGAUUGUGGAGGACAAGCCGGCAGACAUCCCGCCGCUGGAGGUUCCACCGGAGAUGAAGGACGGACCGUCACAGCCACCCUCCAAACAGGGGUCAAGGGCAGGCUCCGCACGACCUUCAUCAUCCAAGAAGGACGCAAGAUCUCGAUCAGCUUCACCAAAGGGUCGAAAGUCGCCCAAGGGUUCGGCCAGGGACCGCUCAGGGUCACCCAGUAAGAAAAAGGACAAGCUGGAGGCUCGCGAGAGUAAGUCACGCGAUCGGUCCCGGAGUGGCUCAGCAAAACGGGGAGGAUCUGGAAAGAAGGGCAAGAAGACACCUGUCCCUGAGCCAGAACCAGAGCCAGAUGAGGAGCCCACAGGCCCUCCCCCUCCCCAGCCUGGGUCAGAGGAGUGGGAGUAUGUCAACGAACCCAUCACUGAUGAGGUGGCUCAAAUCCUGUCCCCUCACUGGGAGACAGUGGAAGGCACGUAUGUGGGAGCCAGUAAAGUCAUCUUCCACAAGCUGCGGGAGGAACGGGAGAGCAUCAUCCGCUACCUGUAUGCUGUCAGAGAGGACUAUAAGAAGUACCUGAAGCGUCCUGAUGGGAAGCAGGAGUUUCUGUCCCACUGGCAGGAGGACUACAACAACAUUCCUGAAGACAUGAGAGAGGAUGAGGACACCAGGGCAGAACUGCACCAGAGAGUCGACGACCUGAAGGAACGUCUGUGGGACAUCUGUGACACCAGGAAGGAGGAGGCUGAGACGGAACGUUCCAAUGUCAUGCAUGAGGGGUGGCUGGAGGACCACCUGGGAACCCUCACCAACCAUUACAUCACUCUCAUGCAGGUUGAGGUAGACCGUUUCCAGGACACCGCCCGUCUGCUGAAGGAUUACUACCGAGGCAUGGAGGGGCACAUUCCUGAUGAACUACAGGAGGAAUAUGUCCGCAUUCCGCUGGUCGAGCUGCUGCCCACGGAGAGGCCUGGGUCCCAGGCUAAGAGUGUGGCCAGUGACACGGGCACCCAGCCGCCGGCCUCGCCUGAGAGCAAGGCUGGGAAAGGCGGGAAGAAAGGGAAGGAGGACAAGGGUGAUGACUCGGCUGGGGAGGAUGACGACAGACCAAAGAUUCCGUUAGUCCCCAGAAGACCCCGCUCUGCUGACCUUCAGUCUGGCCAGGCCAAAGCAGCCAAGGGCAAAGGAGGGAAGAAGGAGGACAAAAUCGAGAGUCCGUCCCCUCCCCUGGACCCUGAUGAGAGGCUGAUAUUUGAUGCCUAUGCCCAUGGAAUUCAUGCUGUCAAUGGUUUGAUUUCCUCGGAGCAAGCAGCUCGAGAAGCUGAGGAGGAGGCGGAACGUCUUGCGCAGGAGGAGAGAGAGAGGGAGAAGGAGAGGAAAGCCAAGGAAGCGCAGACCAAGACCAAGAAGAAGAGCGGGAAGAAGGGCAAGGGGGCUGCACCUGAACCUGAACCUGAGCCGGAACCCGUUGAAGAAGAGAGCCCAGAAGACCUCCGUAUGAAGGAGGUGAAACAGAAGAUGAGGGUCGAGUUCUUCGGAGCUCUGCAUGAAGAGGAGGGACGGCUUAAGAACAGGUUUGAGCUGAUUAAGCUGAAAGCCAUGCAGAUGCUGCAGAGUCUGAAGGCAAAGUCUGAGGACACGUACCGUGACAUGGAGGACUGGCUCGGGGCGCGCUUCCUGCGCGAGAUGGCCGCCAUCGACCACAUGACGGACAUCGUUCGGGACGCCAUCGAACACAGGGAGAAGGUGCAGCAGGAGCUGGUGCUCUACCAGUCUUCGGGUAUGUCACAGGAGGACUUCCAGAUCGACGAGGAGAGGAAGGUUUUCCGCACCCCCAGCCCACCCCCGCGGCCCGACCCAGUGGAACAGCCCCUGCCUGAUGUCUACACCAUCAUCCAGCUCAAGAACCUGUUCAACCAGUUUAUCAAGGUAGCUCCGUCUGGUCUGAUCUCCAACAAGGCCUUCAUGGACCUGUUUCAGGACCUUACAGCUCUCAUGCAUGGAGAAGAGCUGCUGCCGGAUGUGUGGAUGGGGAUUACACUUCAUCAGCUCCAUGAAAUGACUGUGAUGUUGGCGCCGGACUCGGAGUACAUCGACUGGCGGAAGUUCCUGCUUGCCGCGGCGCAGCCCUGGCCAACGCCCUCCCAGACGGAGCUGCUGGAGACGCUAGACCGGUUCAGGGCGGUUGCAGGCAGUUCUAACUUCAUCACCAAGCAGCAGUACCUGCAGGUGGACUUGUGGUUCAAAGGCAUGUCGCGGCCCCCCUCCCCAGAGAACCCUUCGGAGCCCAAACCGUACGACCGGCUCGGGAAUCUGAGAGACACGUUCUUUGACUUCUUCGCAGACUACAGCACAAGCCCCCCUACCCUGGACUUUGUCAGCAUGUUGAUGUAUUUUGCGGUGGUGCCGGAUGCGGAGGACGGUUUUCUGCGAGCGCUGAGCGUGGCGUGCGGGACACACAUGCCCAGGUUCCCCAAGAAGGCUCCAGAGGGUCUGCCGGAUGCCAAGAUGACAGAACAGCUCACUCAGGCUCUGAGUGCCCUUGCGUCUGACCGUCAGGAGGCCGGCCCGCCCGUAGACGGCGGCAUGCAGGCGGCGGGGAUCCCGGACAGCGCGGCGGACGCGGUGGUGUCGCUGGACGCCCUGCUGAAGGUGCUGUACCACGGCGUCAGCACCAUCGGGGACAGCCAUCGCUUCAGCGUCACCGCAGACCCCAAGAACCCCUUCUCAAGGGAGAGGCUGGAGACCAUGUUUGAGGAGCUGGAGGGAGGGGAGACCCAGACCCUCCCCCUGAAGGUGUUAGUGGAACAUCCCAUCAUGCAGGACUGUCUGCACAUGACCCUCCGAUACAAGCAGCCGGAUCUGAAAGCAAUCUUUGCCAUGAGCAAUGUUGACCUAGAGACCAGCAGUAUGAGGACCUCUGCUGACUGAUAAUGGUACUGCAGUAGCGAGAAAGCCUGGCAUGAUCUGUUGGGUGAUAUGAUACAUAUUGAAUUCUAAAAUGUCAGUAUCAGUACAGAUGUGAAAAUUUUCUUUCUGUAGAUCUGAAAUAAUUCAUGCUAUUUUUGAUUCAGACAUCACUUUAAUUCUAAAAAGUUGUUUAGUGCCUUUGUGACUGUAGAGAUGACAGAAAGUGCCUGAAAAAGGCAUCAAAGAAUUCUUCUAACUUCUACACACGUGUUCAUUUUGUGAUUGAAGUAAGAUGUGGGUUUUUAUCAAAUCUAUGUAAUCUGCCAAAUGAAGAUAUAUGUAGUACAAUUAGCUGCAUUGUUGUACAUAAUAUUAUACAUAUACCCUAGGUUUGAAAACUCUGAUUUAUACAUGAUGUAGUUUGGGGUGAAAACAAAUAGCCUGAAAUCAGGCCAUGAGCUUUGGUCUGACCUACGUGAAGAUACAA